UUCACGCGCGCCUAUGAUAGGGCGCCAUGUUGGGAAGGUCGCGUCGCUGACGCCCGCCCCUCCCUGCUUUGGGCUACGCAACGCUUCCGGCUGCGCGUCGCUUCCCGCCGGUCUCCUUCCGGCCUCCUUCCGGCCCGGCCCGCCGUGGCCUCCUGCCCCGCGCCUCUUGAGCGCCGCCCUCUGACCCGGCGUCCCUGGAUUUCCGUCCGUGCGAGCGCGGCCGCAUGGCCGGGGCCCAGCGUUUUCGGUUCCGGGAGGAGCCGGGCUCCGGAGACGAGCCGGCCGUGCUGGAGGUCCGCGUCCCGCAGCAUUGAAGAGGCAGAGGCAGAGGACCACUGGGGUUUGAGACCGGCAGUCUGUACAUCCAGUUCCAGGACAUGCCCAAGAACAUAGUGACUUCGUCUCAGAAGUGAAGAGCAGGAAGCUCUCUGGACUGCUGAAUCAUCCAGCUGGUCCAUAUUUUGCCCCGUGACUUCAUUUAAAUCAGGUCCUGCAUGCCCAGUAUGGGAUGUAUGUUUGGCCCUGUGCUGUAGUCCUGGCCCAAUACCUGUGGUUUCACAGAAGAUACCUCCCUGGCAAAGCUGUCCUAGAGAUUGGAGCUGGAGUAAGCCUUCCAGGGAUUUUGGCUGCCAAAUGCGGUGCUAAAGUAAUAUUAUCUGACAAUUCAGAGUUUCCUCACAGUCUGGAUAUCUGUUGGCAGAGUUGCCAGAUGAAUAAUCUGCCACAGGUGCAAGUUGUGGGCCUGACAUGGGGCCACAUAUCAAAGAACAUCCUGUCUUUGCCUCCACAAGACAUCAUUCUGGGAUCUGAUGUGUUCUUUGAACCAGAAGAUUUCGAAAGCAUUCUAGCCACAGUAUACUUUCUGAUGCAGAAGAAUCCAAAAGUUCAAUUUUGGUCUACAUACCAGGUCAGAAGUGCUGACUGGUCACUUGAAGGCUUGCUCUACCAGUGGGAUAUGAAAUGUGUGCACAUUCCUCUGGAGUCUUUUGAUGCAGACAAGGAAGAUAUAGCAGAGUCUGCCCUUCCAGGAAGACAUACUGUUGAAAUGCUCAUCAUCUCCUUUGCAAAGGUUUCUGAAUGAAUUGUACCUCAAGCUCUUCUGGCACACCAGUGUCAAGGCGGAAUGUGGUAUAAAGUUGAAUUGUUUUGAAACUCA